AAGAUGCGGGGGUGGAGCCGUCCCGCCCCUCCGCAGCUGUCAAUCAACGUGAGCGAGGCCCCGCCCCUUCCUCCCCGCACGUCUCGCGCCAGUUGAGCUCAGCGAGUAAAUCGCGAGAGAAGCCUCAAGAUGGCUGACUCACAGAGCUCCGUCCGCCUCGCCAGCGGAGCCGCGGCGGCCGCCCCCGUCAAGGGCUCGCUCCCGAAGCCCUCGGAGGCGAAGACAGACCCCGAGAACCGCCCGCAGACUUCCCGGGACUUGAACUCGCCGCCGCCCAAGAAGCUCCGAGUGGAGGAGAGGACCGUCAAGCCAAAGAAAGUCGUCCGGGAUGGAGGAGCGCUGUUGGGAGGCAACUGUAACGGGAAGGAGAAACUCCAGUCGCCGACGAAGCAGCCGAGUCUCGCGGCAGGUUUGUGGAGCCUCAGCGCGGCCGGUGCGAGCGCGAGUCCCGCUGCUUUGGUCCACACAAUCGGCGGAAGCCAAGCACCCGCCGUCCCCGUUCACAAAAUCCUGAAGCAGAGCGACUUCUUCCUCCACAAGGCUCCUUCGUCCGCCAAAAGCAAGAAGCCGAGUAAGGAGAAGGGAGACGCCAAAAAGAAACUAUUCGCGACGGCCGCCAACAGCGGCGACGCGGCCACGCUCGACCACAUUUCUCCGGCGAAAAGGCAAAACGGGGAUGUCACGUCGCCGCAAAAAGAGCUCCUCCACAAGGACAAGACUAAAGAGCGAGAGCGCGAGGAGAAGAAGAAGCACAAAUUGAUGAACGACGGUAUUAAGCGGGAAAAUGGAGAGGUCAAGCAGCCCAUUAAAGAUGGAGGCGACAAAGCCAAGAUCAACUCGGAGCUGCAAAUCAAGAAAGUCAAGAAGAAAAAGAAGAAGAAACACAAAGAAGGCGAGAAGCACAGGCGAGUGAAAAUGUACCACCGCUCGUGCCAAACCGUUUGUGCCGGCCUGGUCCUCCUCCCCCCCGCGGCGCCUCAGCUCUCCGAGCCAGCCCGGGACUCCACCGGGUCGCCGUUUAAGUUGCCGCUGCCCGUUUACCAUUCGCCCAACAACAAAAACGCACACUCGCAGCCCUCUUACGCGAACUGCUCUCCACACAAGACCCCGCAGCCUUGCCCAAACAAGCAUCCGGCAGGCUACAUCCAUCCCGGCCUCUCGGGCCUGGAGUUCGCCUCUUACAUCCAUAUCGAGGCUCAGCCUAACGGAGGGGCUCUGGUGGCCCACGCCUUCGCCUCGCAGCUGUCGUCGCUCUCCACGGGCCAGAGGCAGAGGUUCGCCCAGGAGUUUGUCACCCUGGCGUUCAGCGAGGACUCGUCGCAGGCUGCGCAUUACGUCAUGGGCAUCGUCCACGGAGAAGCCGCCUACCUGCCGGACUUCCUGGACUACUUUUCCACAAAGUUCUCAUCGGCGCCGGUCAAAAUGGAGAUCCUGGGAAAGAAGGACAUCGAAACCACCACAAUGGCCAAUUUCUACUCUCAGGUAAAGAAAACGUACAGCCACGGAACGUACCGAGCCGGGGCGAUGCGGCAGAUCAGCCUGGUGGGUGCCGUGGACGAGGAGGUGGGCAACUUCUUCCCCGAAUUUCUGGGCAUGCUGGAGGAGUCGCCCUUCCUGAAGCGCACUCUUCCGUGGGGCACCUUGUCCAGCCUGAGCCUGAUGAGUCCCGACGAGAGCGACGACGGGCCCAUCAUGUGGGUGAGACCGGGAGAGCAGAUGAUACCUGUAGCGGACAUACCAAAGUCUCCUUUUAAAAGAAAACGGUCCACCAACGAGGUGAAGAACCUCCUCCAGUCCCUGCCCAGGACCAGCGAGCCCAGAGAGAUGCUGUUCGAGGACAGGACCCGAGCUCACGCCGACCACAUCGGCCAGGGUUUCGAGCGUCAGACCACGGCAGCGGUGGGCGUGCUGAAGGCAGUGUGCUACAAAGAAGGGUCGGAGCCUCCUCGCAUAACCAAAGACGUCGUGUGCUUCCAUGCCGCCGAUUUCCCGUACGUGGUUCAGCGGUUGCAGUUGGAUUUAUAUGAACCGCCGCUCUCUCAGUGUGUGCAGUGGGUGGACGACGCCAAGCUGAACCAGCUGCGUCGAGAGGGCAUCCGCUACGCCCGCAUCCGCCUGUGCCAUGACGACAUCUACUUCAUCCCGCGCAACGUGGUCCACCAGUUCAAGACCGUGUCGGCCGUCUGCAGCCUGGCCUGGCACGUCCGUUUAAGGCAGUAUGAGCAGGGAAGACAGGAGGAAGAAGUGAAGGAGGAAGAGGAGGAGGUGGGGAUCAUAGAAGGAAAGGUCGAUGAAGUAGAAGAAGAAACAAAGCGGAGGGUAAAAGUGGAGGAUGAGGAGGAGGCAUGUGCAACCAGGGACAGGACGUUGCAAACACUGGAACAUCAUCCUCUUCCCCGUUCACCCGUUUCAUCUCCGCCGGCUCGCUCAACGGACUCUGAGGCGAGAGCGAGCGACGAGCCGGAGGUCGGACGGCCCCCAUCGCCUCCGGUGGGGGUCAAAGCGGAACCUCCAAAAAAGGACAAACUCUCGCCACCUCCCCAUCCUCAGCAUCCUGAUGCGAAAUCAACAAAAAACGCUAACCACCACUUUCAUCAUCAACAUUUAACAAGCGCCAACGCGCCGUCUUCCACCUCUUUGUGUCUCAAGACUCCCUCGCCGAACUCGUCGUCCUCGCACCGCUCGUUCGCGGCUGCCGGCCUGUCGUCUUCCUCCUCUUUUUCGUCACACGGCACAAGGCCCUCACCCGAGUCUCACCCGCACCCUUCCCUGGAAUCUGCGUCUUCCCGACUGGCCCCGCCCCCUCGAAAGGACAAAGACUCGCCCCGCUUCAGCCCGGAAGCGGCCGGCGACAGGCGGACUCCGUCGUCCUCGGAGUUCGUUAAUUUCGGUUCCCGCGGCGACGGGCGGACUCACACGCUGGCAGACAGAUGGACUCGAGGCGCCGACGUGAGCCCCGGGACGUUCGCGCGCGCUCACCGCAUGCCGCAAUAUCCUCCUCCCCAUCAUCUCCCCCAGAUGCUCCCCCCUUCUUAUCCUCCACUCCUGCCUCACUCGCACCUCCCUCACAGACCUCCCCUCACCGCGCACCAAAACCCGCCCCCGUUCCCGGGUCAGCCGCCGCCGCCCCAUCCGGUUCACAUCAACCAGCUUCACCUGCACCCACCCCACCCGGGGGAUGCCACCACCCAGCCCCAACAUUACUACCCCCAAAUGCCUCCCCCCAUGCCCCCUCACCAGUUCCACCCACACGCCAAACCCUUCUUCCCCUCGCACUUCCCCUCGCACCACUUCCUCCCCCCUCGGCCGUUCCCCCGCCACCCUCCUCCCGGUUACCAGCCGGUCGCUCCCGCCUUACCUCCCCAUCCUCCGUCUCACGCCUUCACCCCUCCUCCCCCGCCGCCUCCCUCCUCUUCAGAGUCUCUGCCUCCCCCGCCCCCUCCGCCCCCGCUUCCCGCAAAUCACGAGGAAGAGCAGAGUUGAUAAAUGUUUUUGUACUUCGUUUCCAGACGAAUAUGUACAGGUUGUGGUUAAAAAAAGCGCUAAAAGGAGUGUGUUAACACCUUUUUGUCACUUUUAGAUCGUACUUUCACGUACAACUCGUUUAAAAAAAAAAAAAAAAAAAAAAAAACGAGCGCACGAGUUUUGCCUUUAGGAAGUCCCCGUGUGACGUGAAGUGUUCCGUUUCGGUGCCAGUUUGUUUAAGCAACCAAGAUGGGUCAAAAACCGCAAUUUAACAUAACACUCGUAGUCGUCCUGGCGUAAUACCGCGGGCGAUACGCAAUAUUACGCAGUACGCUAAUGUUUCCUCCCGAGACGUCACGGUCGAGUGUCGCCGACGGAUUCAACAUGUCACCGCUUUGUCUAACCGGAGUGACGUCACAACGGCUCGCUUGGCUCGUACUCAAGACGAUGAGGAAUAUUUGUUAUUCAUGAUGUCCAUUUCCGGCCCAGUCUGGGUUUUCAUGUUGAAACACUAUGUUCAGUGGGGCCAAAAAGUAUUUAGUCAGAGGCUGGUAAUUAUCAUCAUAGGUAUACCUCAUCUAGAACAGAGCAAAUCACAUAGCCUGAUUUUCAAAGAAAUCAUUAAUAAAUAGCAAAUAAUGGUGGAAUCUUAAGUUCUUUGCAAUACAUUAUAUACCGUUUAUUGGCAAGGACAGAGGUGAAACGUUUUCACACCCUGUUGUUUUGGACCUGUUCGUCCAUGCAGAUCUCCUCUUGCGGAGUGAUUUAUUUUCAGCUGUCGCAGGGCAACACAUAUUUUCAACUCACUUCAAAAUUUUCGAUAGGGGUUAAGCUUUGGAGACCGGCUCGGAACAACCCCCGAUGCAUGUUUGCACUCCCAGGUUUCACAGGAGAGUGUUUAUUUUUGGGGGAUGCAACUCUGCCUUCAUUUCCCUCCAAACAGAAGUUGAGUUCUUUCCAAAAACUUCAAUCUGACUUUAUAACAUUUUUCCAAUUUUCUUCUGGAUCAUCCAAAUGCUUUCGAGCAAACUUCACAGGCCUGGACAUGUAGCGUCUUAAGCAGGGGGACGCGUCUGAAUGUUGUGGAUUUGAGUCCCUGGCUGCGUAGUGUGUUACAGGUGGUAGCCUUUGUUACUUUGGUCCCACCUCCCUGCAGGUGCAGGUCGUAGGUACCCCUGCACAGUUCUGGGAUUUUUUUUCUCAACUGUUGAUGAUGAUGAUGAUGAUUUUGACCCCACCAGUGGUCUUCUAUGUCUUCCAUUUUAUAAUAGUUCCCGUAGUACCUUAUUUUCACACCAAGAAAUCUACCAAUUGCAGACUGAGUCUUCCCAGGGUGCUGCAGGUCUAGUUUUGUUUCAGGUGUCUUUUGAAUGUUCUUUAGUCUUGGCCAUUGUCAAGUUUGAAGUGUUGAGUUUGCGUUUGAUAGAUGAGUUCAAACGGGUGCCAGAGGAUCUUUUUCAAGAAGUAGUUCCAGAGCUGAGUCAGAAAUGGUGCUAAAUUUACCAAUAUAUUUUAAAAAAAUGUUUUUCCUUUCUCUUGGGUGAGGUGCACCUGUAAUGAAGAACAUUUCUUUUGAAGUGGGAGAACGAGAACGGGCGGUUGACUAAAGACUUUUAGCCCCACUGUUGCACCCCACCGCAAUUUUCAAACCUGCCCGAUGGGAUCAAAUAUCACCGCGAAGACUUUAAAAUGACGUAGAUCAAAAAAUUAAGCAAACUCUGCAAUCGGACAGCCUGCAGCUGCUGUUCCAUAUCUGUUUUUUUCACCAGUUUUUUUGUUGACACUUCCAAAAACACUAAAUGACAGCUUCCAAAUGUCGAAAUAAUAUCUGGUGGUGGCAGAAAGUUUCAGUGCCCCACCCCGGUGCCUCUCCUCAACCCGGAACUACGAAACAUUCACAGAUGUUCAGCCAAAGUUUCCAAACCUGCCUUUUUUUUGUCCCCCAGCUGUAAAAUUAGACCAAGGCCUUGAAAAAAGAAAAAAAAAAAAAAGAACCAC